CAGCUACACUACGAUGCUGUCAGACAGACAUACAGACAGACAGCCUGGCCAAACAACACACACACACACACACACACGAAAAUAGACAGCAGAACUACAGGUAUCUUGCUCUCACCGUCUAGGGGCCACGAGUUGCCAACAGCGAAAUGUCCUCAACGUCAUCAUGUUCCCGUGUGUCGAUGGUGAAGCCGCCCACUCGAGUGCCGUAGGGGAUCACCUCACGAAUGGCAUCGCGAAGGUCGCCAAGCUCAUCCAGCAGCUCCACCGCCACACGCCUCAGGCCGCGGACACCAGUGUUGAGCAGAGUCGACAGGCCGUCGCGGAUGAUGUCGGCGGCGGCAGAGGCCUCCAACCCUUGGGGCACUGAAUGACGACACACAGGCAAGGCGGAUGGACACACACACAAGAUGAAUCGACGAGCACCUUCCUGCACUCACUGCGCUCCCGGCAUACCUUCUAAGCGCAUGCCUAUGUUGCUAAUCGACGGGAGGCGAUUCAACCCCCAGCCGUCAAAGGGGCCGCCCUGCGUGAGACUGACCGCAUCUCCCUCCCCGCCUACACGGACAUUUCCCACCUCCCUCCCCGCCCCCAGCGCCUCCAGCACACCGAUCCUAUCCUGUGCACUGACCGCUACAUCAAACCACACACGCCCCACCUGCAUGGGCAUCUUCUCUGCGAGCAGCCGGCCCACAGGACCGCCCACAGGGCUGUAGACACGCAGCUCUCUCGCCCUCGGGAAUGGCUGCAGGUGCUCGAUGAUGGCUGGGGUGGGUGGGGUGGUGCCGGGUGGGGGGCCGAAGCCAUUAGCACUGCGAACCACCAACCCCCAGCACUCGAAUGAGAGGCUCGAUGCGAUCUCGAUGGCCGCCUGGCUGGGUGUGUGGAUGGGGUGAGUGAUGUCGUCCUGACUGAUGGUGCACGACACAUGCGACGUCCGCCGGGCCGCCUCCUGGAUGGUCGUCUUGAUGAAGGGGGAGGGGCGAGAGGGGAAGUCGUCGGCGUAGAAAAGGGACAGCUCGAAGCCCUCACUGGCGUAGAAAAUCUCCACGCUGAGCGGCACGUCCGGCGAGACGCAGCAGGUGUUGAUGAAGUCGUCGACAGCCAGCAGGUGUUCAAGGACCUGGUCCUUGAACGGUGGGAUCUCCACGUCGAGGCUCGUCAACGCCUCGCGGCAGCCACGCGAUGAGAGCACAUCCUAGAAAGAAGCAAAGAGAGAAGGACACAGUUCGUGUGUGUGCACAACAGGUGAGGCCUCCCGUGUGUGAUGAUUGUCUACCUGCAGUCGUCUCACUUCUUCCCCCUCGAAGCCCCCACGUGCGAUCCCUCCGAUGGUCCGGAGGCGUCUGAGCGGCCCUGGCCGGCCGGCGGAUGCGACGGGGAAGUGCUCAAACAAAGUCGCCCACUCCCCCCAGCUCCGCCGCCCUCCCACCUCUUUCAGCGAGGAGGACGACCUGAUGAAUCGGCCCAGCUGUUUGUGAUCCAACCCCCCUAGAUCGACAUACUCGAGUGCGGGCAUCUUCCAGCCCCUGUCGGCCAGCUCACGGUGCUCUCUGACGGCACCAGUGACAGCCCUGAGGGCAGGGAGAGUGGGGGGCGGGGCGAAGAAUGAAUGAUGAAGGUCUAAGGGCAGGCUGGUGGUGGUGGUGGUAAUGGUGGUAGUGGCGGUGGUGAAUUCGAUGGUCUCCAGCGAUCCCUCCGCCAUGUGCUGGUGCCCCUCCUUCUCGCGCGCCUCGCGCCGCCCGUCCGCAUGACCCUCCACGACGCUUAUCAUGCUGCCCAGACACCACGACUGGUCCAGGUCCAGGUCGAGGGCCAGAUACCACGACUGGUCGGGGUAUGGCUGCACGAGGCUGAGGGCUGUCAGAUUGACGAGCUUUUUGCCGAGCUGGAAGGCCUCCUCAGUGGUCAUGUUGUACCAGAAUUGGCUGUCUGCCUCGGUGCUGCAGUCGAUGUCGAUGUGUGUCUGCUGGCGAAGGGCCCCCUUGCGGACUUGCGGCCACUGCUUGGAGAGGGUUGGGAGGGCUGACAGCUCGCGGGGGGUCAUGAAGCUGAAGACACAUGUCAGGUGGUCGUCGCCAAGACCACGAGGGGCCUGAAGCAAAACACAAGACAACGAGAGAGGAAGGCGCAUGAGAGUCAGCCGCGUCACGAGUGUGGCUGUGUGCGUGUACCAUUGUGUAAUCCUCCUGAUGAGCAGAGUUCUUGUGAGUGAGGCGGAAGCCCCCAUGCGCCUGGGCGUACACACACCACACGCACAUGCGAUGGGUGAGUGGACGGACGUGUGGACGCCACGUGUACUCUACCUGCUGGUCAUGCGGUGAUGUGUUGGUCUUGCUAUGCGGCACCACCAGACGGAACUCCUCUCUCCCCCCUACCUCCCUCAUGGACACUUUCGCCGCCCCGCUGGUCUGAUCGAGGCGAUACACGUCGGCCUUGACCCACCGCUGCUUGCCCUUCUCCCGCCCGCUGGUCACCAUCUGCACGCGACUGCCCUCCUUGUAACGGCACGGCGUCGGGGACGCCAUUGCCUAACGAACCGAACAAUCAAACGAACGAACGAAUGAGUCAGUGAUGCUCUGACACACGACGUGUGUAUGUGUUUGUGCGCCUUGACUGACCUCUGCUUGAGGGCUAGCAGCAGAUGAAGAUGAAGCCGCCGCUGCCAUAGCUAUACUCAACCACGGCUGACAAGAAGGGCACAGAGGUGGACAUCUCUCCCGUCGUUCAUUUGCUGCCAGCAGAAUCCAAUGAGCGAUGGCCUCUGUGUCGGCCGAGGCUUCCUAUCGAGGAGGCCGACCUCCCCAGGGCACUCACGCCGACUCAAUGAGUGCUAACACGCUAAUUC